UUUCCACUCUUAAAUGCUCAAGGGGAUACCUUUGUUUGUCAUGUCAAAACUGGGUGAAGACUCCAUCUUUUUGUCACCUCUUUCUAUAUAUCUGAUCUGAAGGAAGAAGAGGGAACGAGAGAGAGAGAGAGAGAGAGCUUCCGUUAAUCAGUUGUUUUUCGUAGGUUCUUGUUAAGAGUUGCAACAGAACAGAGGACUUCAACCUGCGGAAUAAAUCUCUCACACAAUGGAUCAAACACCACUUCUUGCAGAGGCUACUAGAAAUGGCCUUGAGUUGGUGAGAUCAUUCUCUGAUAAGCAUCUUGAUCUUUUGAGGUCAUCCACUCGAUACAUUUCAGUAUUGAAAGGGCAAGUAUCCAAUGCUGUGGGGCGUGAAAAGGGCAAGUAUACCCUCAUUCGAGAUCUGGAAGAAUCCCAAUUGGGGAUUUAUGACAAGCCCCUUCCAUGCUUUGGCUGUGGGAUAGGAUGGUUUUCAUUUCUUUUAGGUUUUGUGUUUCCACUUCUUUGGUACUAUGGGACGAUUCUCUAUUUUGGAAAUUACUACAGGAGGGAUCCUAGGGAGCGAGCAGGACUAGCAGCCUCCGCAAUUGCUGCACUGGCUUGUACUGUAGUGUUGCUGGUCAUAGCAGCUAUUCUUUUCUUUUAGCCACUGCGACUCUGUUCCUGGGAUGCUCCUAACACAUUGUGAGCAUCACAAAAUUGAACUAGAAUCAUGUAGAUAACACGGCUCAAGAGACGGGGAAAAGCAUAUAAUUCAAAGAGCACUCCCCAAAAAUUUGAGACUAGAUGAGAUGAUAAAAAUCCAAAUGCCCUUUUUGUCCAGUUAUUCUAAAGCCAGACGUUGCGAAAUUUUUCCAACAAGCUUCAGCCACCAAUGGCAGCAGCCGCCCCAAGCAAUGGCUGGAUUAAUUUCUUUUGUGAUUAACCCGACUGUUUCUCGGGGUGGCAGACCGACGGCCAAAAUGGUGUCUAAUGAUUCUGCAUUUGUAUGUAAUAGAUGCCAAGAGAAUUUGUUUACAUUUCAAACUGAUAAAUGUCUAUGACACUUUAUUUGAA